CUCCAUUUUUCUUUUUGCUCUCUGAUUCCCAUCAUGCCUCAUCUCCCUGAACCUCCCACACAUCUGGCCACAGCUCACCGCACCUGGUCGCGGUUACAGGAGCUGCGUGCCAACCCGGCUGUUGAUUUGGAUGGAAACAGCCUGGACAUUGCCUCUGUUGUCGCAGUUGCCUACCAUGGCUGUCUUCCCAAGCUCUCCUCCGACCCCUCCGUGAUUGGCGCCAUCACCGACAGUGUACGGGUAUUGAUGGACCACCUCGACCAUGGAUACUGUGUUUAUGGGGUCAACACUGGCUUUGGCGGCAGUGCCGACUCGCGUACAGAUCAGGCCUCAGCCCUGCAAGCUGCUCUACUGCAGCUCACCCAAGCCGGUGUGUUGACUGCAGCUGACAAGACCACCGGAGAUGCACGGGGGGUGGCCUCCGCUGCCGGGCCUACAGCCAUGCCUAGUCCGUGGGUGCGAGCCUCCAUUGUGGUGCGUGCCAACAGCAACGCCCGCGGCCACUCCGCCGUGACGCUCAACGUGCUCGAGGGGCUUCUGGACCUCCUGCGCCAUCGCAUCACCCCUGUCAUCCCCCUGCGUGGCUCCGUCUCCGCCUCCGGUGACCUGAUGCCUCUCUCCUACAUUGCCGGUGCCGUCGAGGGAUCGCCCGACAUCUACGUGCAGGUCGCCAACGCCGACCCCUCCAUUCCCCCCCAGGUCAUGUCUGCCCACGACGCUCUCGCCGCGGCCGGCAUCCCUCGCCGCGUCAUGGGCCCCAAGGAGGGUCUGGGUCUGGUCAACGGUACCGCCUGCUCGGCAGCCCUCGCCAGUCUGGCCCUCCACGAGUCGCACCAACUCGCCAUCACCACCCAAGCCCUCGGUGCCAUGGGCGUGGAAGCCAUGAUGGGCACCGCCGAGUCGUUCCACCCCUUCAUCUCCGCCACCCGCCCGCACCCCGGCCAGAUCGAGUGCGCGCGCAACGUGCUCGCCCUCCUCCAGGGCUCCCGUCUGGCCGUCGGCGUUCACCGCGAGAAAGACCGCAAACGCUCCGGUCUGAUCCAAGAUCGCUACGCUUGGCGCAGUGUGCCCCAAUGGGUCGGCCCGCAGCUGGAGGAUCUCCUCCUCGCCGACCGGCAACUUACCACCGAGCUCAACUCGUCCUGCGACAACCCGCUCGUCGACACGGAGAACUCAGAGAUCUACUGCGGCGCCAACUUCCAAGCAGCAGCCGUGACCUCCGCUAUGGAAAAGACCCGCCUCUCCCUCCAAAUGCUCGGCAAGAUCCUCUUUGCGCAGGCCACGGAACUCGUGGACCCGAACUACAACAACGGGCUCCCCACCAACCUAGUCGCAGACGACCCGUCCUGCUCCUUUACGAUGAAGGGCGUGGACAUCAGCAUGGCCGCGUACAUGUCCGAGCUGGCGUAUCUGGCGCACCCGGUCAGCGCGCACGUGCAGACAGCGGAGAUGCGCAACCAGGCCGUCAACUCGCUGGCGUUCAUCAGUGCACGGUACACGAUGCAGGCGGUGGAGCUGGUCAGCUUGAUGUCAGCAGCGUACUUGUACAUCGCCUGUCAGGCGCUGGACCUUCGGGCACUGCACCUGCGGUUCCUAGAGACGAUGCGCCCGCGCGUCGAGGCGCUGACGCGCACCUCGUUCGCGAGUCUCCCCGCCGACGUGCUGGAGGCGCUCAUCGAGAAGCUCCUGGCCACGCUGACUACGACCUGGGGCACGACCACCCGCGUCUCGCUGCCGGACCGCUUCGCUCAGACCGUGCAGGCCGCCAUCCCUGUCAUUGUCGACCACACUGCGUCUGUUGGCGCUGCUGGCGCCGCCGUCACUCUCGGCGACAUCACCGCCUGGAAGACGCAGGCCAUCGCCAUGCUGGGCGAUGCGUACUCCAUCACCGCUGAGACCUUCAAGCAGCGUCCGCACACUCCUGAGCUGCUCGGCGCUGGCGCCAAGGUGCUCUACACCCUGGUGCGCGAGCAGCUGGGCGUGCCCUUCCACCAGGGCUUCGUCGAGCACCCGACCCCGGGUGCCACGGAGCUGGAUGGCCGCGAGAAGAAGACAGUUGGCUCGUGGGUCAGUGUCAUCUACGAGGCUGUGCGGCGGGGGGAGCUCGUCAGCGGGUUGUUCGAGAAGGUUAUGUCUUAG